AUGGUAAGAGACUGUUUUAGAGAAUCUGAUUGGCAACCAGUAUCUCUCAAACUCAAACUGAUUGGCAAUAGAAAACAAGAUGGUCGGCAAUACAAUUUGCCAACAACAUCAGAAGUUGCUGGAUUAAUAAUUGGAGAUAUUGAUGUUCUUGAUAAACGUGACAUUAUUUUGAGAACACAUUCGGGUGGUCUUCAAAGAAUAAGUGAGUUGCAUCCUUCUUAUCUCGCCCUACAAUAUCCACUUCUCUUUCCGUAUGCUGAAGAUGGUUACCGAGUAGAUAUCAAACACAGAGGCAUUCCAGGUGAUUCUGAAAAAUUCGGAACAAAGCUUACUAUGCGAGAGUUCUUUUGUUAUCUAAUACAGGAUCGACCAGGUGAAUUUUCACUCCUACUUCAUUCGAGGAAACUUUUUCAUCAGUUCUUAGUUGAUGCUUACACCAUGAUAGAGUCUGAUCGCUUGAACUACAUUAGAACUCAACAAAAAAAACUCAGAACAGACACUUUCAAAAAUUUGACCGAAAAUAUCGAAAAUGGAAAUAACGAUGCAUCAUCUUCUGGCAAGCGUAUAUUACUACCAUCAUCAUUUACCGGAGGGAGUAGGUACAUGAUGCAAAAGUACUUGGAUGCUAUGGCUAUAUGCAAGUCAGUUGGGUAUCCUGAUUUGUUCAUCACGGUCACUUGCAAUCCGAUGUGGUCGGAGAUUUACAGGUGUUUAGUUGAUGAAGAUCUUAAACCCGAAGACAGGCCUGAUAUUCUUGCUAGAAUGUUCAAAAUCAAAUUGGAUGAAAUAAUAAAUGACUUCCAAAAGGAGGAAUUCUUUGGUCCAAUCCAAGCAGUGAUUUAUACCGUCGAAUUUCAAAAACGUGGCCUGCCUCAUGCUCAUAUUUGUUUGUUCUUGGCUCCCGCAAACAAGUUCCCAAAUGUAUCAGAUGUGGACCGUGUCAUUAGUGCAGAGAUCCCCAAUCAAAAGGAAGAUCCGGUCUUGUAUGAACUUGUUAAGCAAUUCAUGAUGCAUGGACCUUGUGGAACUGAUAAUCUAAGUUGUCCAUGUAUGGUGCAAAGAAAAUGCUCAAAAUAUUUGCCAAAGAAAUGGCAAGAUGAAACUUGUGUUGAUUCUGAAGGAUAUCCAGUUUAUAAGUGGCGUAAUACAGGAAAUACAAUUGAAAAAAAUGGGAUCCCACUUGACAAUCGAUUUGUCGUCCCUUACAAUGCUACACUUCUUCGAAGAUACCAAUGCUACAUUAAUGUUGAAUGGUGCAACCAAUCUGGUUCAAUCAAGUAUUUGUUCAAGUAUGUCUUCGCUUCUGAAGCCACCUGGAGAAUUUUUGGAUUUGAUAUCCAUUAUAGAUACCCUCCGGUAGAAGUGUUGCCCUUUCAUUGUGAAAAUGAGCAUAGCAUAGUUUAUGAUGACGAGGCCGAUUUGUGUGAUGUGGUUUCUAAUCCCACGGUCAAACAUUCCAUGUUCCUUCAAUGGAUGGAAUUAAAUGCCACUGAUCAUUGCAAGAACCUUGAAAUAUGUCGAGAUUCCACAAUAUUAUGUUUGGGAACGGAAGAAAAGGAAGUGGAAACGAAGAUUCCCGAACUCGACAGAAUCCUCUUGAAUCAUGUCGUCGGGCCAACAAGUUUUAAAGCAAUCAAAAGAGUCAAUGGUAAGGAUUGUGCAACUUACAAAGAGGCAUGUUUUGAACUUGGCCUUCUAGAUGAUGAUAAGGAGUAUGUAGAUGCUAUUUUAGAGGCUUUGGAACUUCAAGAACAAGAACUUCAAAACCUUUGUCUAUCAUAUAUCGAACAGUUGCUACUUAGCAAUGGUAGUACAUUAAAAAACUUUCCAGAAAUGCCAUUCCCAGGCAAUGAUUAUGUUUCAUCAAUCAACAACCGAUUGAUAAGGAAUGAACUUUUGUAUGAUCAGAAGGCCCUUUUAAUUGAACAUCAGAAUUUGUUUAGCAGUUUAACUGUUGAACAAAAAGAAUUGUAUCAAACCGUCAUUCAAGCAGUUUCUAAAGAUGAGGGUGGAGUAUACUUUGUUUAUGGAUAUGGGGGUAUAGGGAAGACCUUUCUUUGGAAAACGCUAACUGCUGCAAUACGAUCAAAAGGACAAAUUGUCCUUAAUGUCGCCUCGAGUGGAAUUGCCUCCCUAUUGCUAACUGGUGGAAGAACAACACAUUCAAGGUUUGUUAUCCAGAUUAACAUUAAUGAAAAUUCUAUCUGCUCCAUUGAUCCAAAUAGUGAAUUAGCUGCGUUAAUCAAGAUAACAAAAUUGAUAAUCUGGGAUGAAGAACCAAUGAUACACAAGCAUUGUUUCGAAGCUCUUGAUAAAUCAAUGAGAGAUAUUUUGAGGACAACCCAACCUAAUAGGGAAGAUAGAGUCUUUGGCAGAAAAGUAGUCAUCUUUGGUGGUGACUUUAGACAAAUUCUUCCGGUUAUUCCAAAAGGAUAA